UCCGGCGGCCGCGGGGCGGGGCACACGGCGGAACAGCUCUGCCUGCGUUCGCUCUUCGUGCAGCCAAGGUUGGGCGCAGGUCCUGGGAGGCGCCCCGUUGUAAGCCUGACGAAAAGAAACUGGGGUGCCCGAGUGCUAGGUGACGGGCAAGCGGUGAGCUUUUCGGCGGGGUCUUUAGGAUUUGCAGCUCCAGGAAGCGAGAUGUCGAAGCCGCCACCCAAACCAGUCAAACCAGGGCAAGUUAAAGUCUUCAGAGCCCUGUAUACGUUUGAACCCAGAACUCCAGAUGAAUUAUACUUUGAGGAAGGUGAUAUUAUCUACAUUACUGACAUGAGUGAUACCAACUGGUGGAAAGGCACCUCCAAAGGCAGGACUGGACUAAUUCCAAGCAACUAUGUGGCUGAGCAGGCAGAAUCUAUUGACAAUCCAUUGCAUGAAGCAGCAAAAAGAGGCAACUUGAGCUGGUUGAGAGAGUGUUUGGACAACAGAGUGGGUGUUAAUGGCUUAGAUAAAGCUGGAAGCACUGCCUUAUACUGGGCUUGCCACGGGGGUCACAAAGAUAUAGUGGAAAUGCUAUUUACUCAACCAAAUAUUGAACUGAACCAGCAGAACAAGUUGGGAGAUACAGCUUUGCAUGCUGCUGCCUGGAAGGGUUAUGCAGAUAUUGUCCAGUUGCUUCUGGCAAAAGGUGCUAGAACAGACUUAAGAAACAAUGAGAAGAAGCUGGCCUUCGACAUGGCUACCAAUGCUGCCUGUGCAUCUCUCCUGAAAAAGAAACAGGGAACAGAUGCAGUUCGAACAUUAAGCAAUGCCGAGGACUAUCUCGAUGAUGAAGACUCAGAUUAAUUCCUUUCCGGAGCUUUGAGAUCUAAAACUUCUGUUGCUUUUGCCAUUCCAAAACUUUGUCUUUGCCAGAAAACUGUUGGUAACUAUAAAGAAAAGUAUAUAUGAACAUGGCAGUGUUGCACUGUGUUUGAGUAGCACGUGUAAAUGAAUAUGAAUUGUUCCCACCUUUGGCUUGCCAGUAAGUGACUGGAUUCUUGGCUGUAUAAAAUACAUUUGUGUUCACCAGAGUAGAACAAGAAGAGAUUAUUUCUAUUUAUCAAGCUAAAGGAAUUUUAAGAUUUUUUUGUCUUUAAAACAAAUCAGGAUUUUUUUUUUCUUUUUUUUUUUUUUUAGUUAAAGUGCUUUACCUCAAUGGUUGAGAUAUUUUGAAUGGAUUUUUUAAGGGGGAAAAAUGCUUAUUAUAAUAAUAAACCAAAAUACUUAACAGAAAAUCGUCAGCUAUUCUGACAAAAAUAAACAUUUUGAGAGACUUUAUUCCUUUUGUCUGUUUCUGUGGUAUCACUCGUUGUCACUAAGUAAAGCUUUUUAUAUUUAGGUAAGAACUGAUUUUAUUUUUUAAAUUAUAUUUAAUAUUUAUUAGUACAGAAGAAUAACGAGAGCCACAUUUUAGUUCAACUUCUUGUGUCAGCUUUGAUCAAAGUCAAGACAAUAAUCAUUGAGAAGGUGCAUGUCUAAUAAAAUAGGUAAAUUUAAUAAUUAUGAGACUUCCAGUUUUUAUCUCCAAGAUUGUAUUUAGAGUGGAGAAACCCAACAACUCAUUAGAGUUUCUCUAAGAUUUGAAAGGUUAAAAAAAUGUAUUUCCUCAUGUUAGAUGCCAUACUUUUCCAUAUGGAGUAGUCAGGAACCAUGAAAUUUUUUGCAUUCAGUUUUUUUAAUAACAUUUGUUUUCUCACAGUAUGGAUCAAGUUCAUAAUGAUUCAGAUUCUUUUGCUGAAACACAAUGAACAUCGCAGGGAGCCUUCUGUGCUACUGACAGGACACUUCUUUGGCAUUCUAAUUUGGUAUCAAUACAGUGAUGAUAUUAAAAAUGAUACGGAUUAGAAUUUGCCUGGAAUCCCGGCCCUAGGUCCAAAAGUAUAUUUUGCAUGACUUCAAUGCUACUUUCAAAAAACACAUUGUUGAAGAGAAGGAAAUGUGUGAAGAAGGAAGUGGGUUAGCUCAGGAAAUGAAUAACUGCCUCUAUAAGAGUUUAUUCUGUGACUGUUUGGUUUUUCUCUCUGUGGGAGCCUUGAGAAACGAUGCCCAGAGAAGCCCAUUUGAGGUCUUUAAACCCCCCCAACUAAAUUUUAGUAGAAGGGAAUCUGUACCACUAGUGACAGCAAAGUAUGAACACAAAUUCUGGCACCAACGAAAGAGGGCAUUUUAUUCUUAAAUAUGUUAUUAAAUUUGAUGUAACCAGUUGUAUUUCUUCUUAAACAUAAACUUGAAGAUAUGAAAUUCUUCCUGAAAUUGUAUCUAUUCCCAUAGAUCCUUUAAGAUUUUUCUUUAAAAUGGGGCUUGUUUCUUAACAAAAAGCUUUUAGAGAACCCUGUAACUUUUUAUUCUUCUAUACUUUGGGUGGGAGUAAUGGGAUGGAUUUCAACUAAAGACACUUAAUUUUUAAAACAUGGGCAGAAAUAAUACAGCUUGUGUGGCUAUAGACAGUGUUUAUCAAAAUACCAUGUACUUGCUUUGGAUACAUUGCUUGUGUAUCUGAGGGACAGAAUAGUGGAGGUCUUACCAUCAUUGUUUUUAACAUUAGCAAACUUAAGAGAAUUUUAGAAAGUUGGACAACUAUAGUUUUUUUGAAGAUGAGGAGAGUACUUAGCUAUGUGCAUGAAUUUUUGGUGAAACAGGACAACUCAUUUAGUUGUGGCUAAAACUCCACUGGAUUUUUUUUUUUUAUUUGUUUCUUGUUUGUUCAGCCUGGCUAAUCCGAGCUUUCUCAGAGAUUGUUUAGUGCUGAACUCAGCAACAAAAAUCAGUUCUAGGAAUUUGCCACUGCUCUGACUGUGCAGAGGAGAGCUUUGAUUAUGUUUUGGAAAUAACUUCAGAGGUUUUGCUGUAAUCUGAGCUUGCUGACAGUCACUGUGGCCUGAACUCCUUUCUAGCGGUUGCACCCUUUAAAUAGGAAAUGCCUUCCAGCUACUUGGGCAGUGUGAUACUUGUUUAGUUGUAGGCCCAGGAGCCUCAUGCAAAGAAAAAUUCUUAGCAGGGGUUCCCAUUUCAGUUUUCUUUCUGAGCUGUUCUGUUGCACAUUUUGUUGUUGGGCUGACAUGUAUUACCUCAUUUCUUUCUGAGCCCCCAUGGCUCCUCUUUUCAGUAGAUUAAUUAUGUUAUUACCCAAAGGGAAAUGUUGAACAAAGCAAUGGCGACUCCAUUUUAUUAAUCUUAAAAAAAACUGGAAAUAGACUGGGUGUGGUUGGCUCACGCCUGUAAUCCCAGCACUUUGGGAGGCUGAGGUGGGAGGAUCACCUGAGGUCAGGAGUUUGAGACCAGCCUGGCCAACAUGGUGAAACCCUGUCUCUACUAAAAAUAUAUAUUAAAAAAGUAGCUGGACAUGGUGGCGGGUGCCUGUAAUCCCAUCUGUUUGGGAGGCUGAGGCAGGAGAACUGCUUGAACCCGGGAGGUGGAGGUUGCAGUGAACCAAGAUUGCGCCAUUGCACUCCAGCCUGGUCAACAGAGAGCAAUUCCGUCUCAAAAAAAAGGAAAUAAUGCUGAAAAUGAAAGUUUAGGUAAUUUGCAGAUAAUUCUAAAGAUGGAAAUGUAAUUUUUCCACAUAAGCCUUCUUCAUAUUUUUUACUAUGUAGAGGUUCUGAUUUACUAAUUUUCUCAUUGUGAGCACUAUAUUUAUCAUCUUUGUAAAUGAUUUCUUUUCUGAUAGGCUGUGGAAGCUAACAUUUACAUCUGAUCAUCUGCAUUCCCUGUUGACUCAGACUGUGUAUUUUUUGUCUUGAUUUUUAUAUUGUAAACAUGUACAUAGCAGGAAAAGAUUGUAUAGCCAAACUUUGAAGUGUCCAAAUACUAAAAGUUGAGGUUUUAGUGGGAGAAGUAUUGUAAAAGAUUCUGUUGCAAAUAUAGCUUUGGUGAACAGUUUUCUUAUGUGCAGGAAAAAUUGCAGACCACAAAUUUAUGGCUUCUGUUUCCUUAUUUCUCAAUAACAAACUUUUACAUCUGCCCCUCCCUUAAAAUGACAUGAAAUUAAAUACAACUACCGUUUAUGAAA